CCCGUCCUCACAACAAUCCUCUAUACUCACACAGAACAAGCUGCAAUGGGGCACAGCGUGGGUACACAUUGCACAAUGACCAGCUGUUUUCUCACCCUCCUCCUGGUGUCUAUACUCGCUACAGCAGGUGAAGCACAGGUGCAGUGCCCACUGGACGCUGGGUACCCAAAUGGGCUCACUCACCUUACCAAUGAUCUGAAUGUGGGGAGCAUUGCCAAAUUCCUGUGUCCUUCAGGGGAGUAUGCGUGGCCUGCGAGCAGCCGGACCUGCCAAGCCAACGGGCAGUGGAGCAUAAUGAGGUCUAGCACUGGAAGAAGGCAGGACAAGAUCUCCUGUAAAAAAAUGAGGUGUCCAGAGCCUAGAAUGUUUGAAAAUGGAGAGUACUUCCCCAGGGGCCCUUACCCUAUAGGGGCCAACAUUACAUUUGUCUGUAACGAUGGCUACACUCCCCGAGGGUCUAUGGAAAGAACUUGUAGAAGAAAUGCAAAGUGGAGUGGAGAAACGGCAGUGUGCGAUGAUGGAGGUGACCAUUGUGCUGACCCUGGGGUGCCUCCUGGAGCAGAGAAAACUGGAUUUCGGUAUGAUGUUGAGGAAAGUGUCUCAUACAAGUGUCCUAACGACCUUAAACUGGUAGGCUCAGCUAAACGGACCUGUCUCGAGAGCAGGCGGUGGAGCGGAACUGAGGUCAGCUGUCAGUACCCAUAUGCCUUCGAUCUCCCUGAAGAUGUUGGACAACAGUUUGCUGGGUCUCUUUCUGGGGUCUUAAACACCUUUGAAAAAAAAAAAGCUGUUGGGCGCACAGUAAAUGUAAAGAAGGAUGGGAUUCUGAAUGUCUAUCUCCUCCUGGAUGCCUCGAACAGCGUUGGUGAAGACAAUUUCAAGAUCUCCAAGAGCUGUGCAGAGGAACUUGUCAAUGGGCUUGGGGCGUUUGAUAUGAAGGUUCAGUUUGGAAUUCUAUCUUAUGCCACAGAGUCCAAUGUUAUAGUUUAUAUUCAUGACAAGGACUCCAAUGAUAUAGAUUAUGUGCUGGAGCAGAUUCAGUUGAACCUCGUAUACAGCAAGCACCGUGAUAAGCAAGGAACCAACAUUAAGGGGGCAUUGGAAACCGUGCUGGGCAUGAUGUCAUUCCAGAGGCGUCAGUACAAUGAUGAGGAGUGGAACUCAAUCCAACAUGUCAUUAUUCUGCUGACUGAUGGAAAAUCCAACAUGGGUGGUCGGCCUGUGGAUAAUGUAAAGAGAAUUAAAGAAUUCCUAGACAUCACUCCAAACAGAGAGGAUUAUCUAGAUAUCUAUGCAUUCGGUAUUGGUAAGGAAAUCGACAGGGCAGAACUGAGUGAAAUAGCGUCUCAGAAGGAGAAGGAGCAGCACAUGUUCAUACUGGAGGACGCAGAGCGCAUUAAACAAGUCUUCCAGGAGAUAACAAAAAUUAAGAAUUAUGGGGAAAUGUGCGGCCUGAAUGAUGAGAGCUCAGAUACAGAUGACGAGAAUCCAGAUGCAUCUACUCCGAAAAAACAUCCGUGGAAUGUGUUAAUUCAAACUCCAAAUUCAAGCCCUUGCUUCGGAUCUCUGAUCUCCAGCCAGUGGGUCCUCUCUGCUGCUCACUGUUUUAAAGGCUUCGAGCCGAAGCAAUACAAAUUCGGAAUUGGAUCAAAAUUAGAAUCAAAAUUGUAUGAAGGCCAACGGAUCGAGAUCCAUAAAUGUUACAAUAUUAACAGGAAGUCGGACAGAGGGAUAAAGGAGGAUUAUGACUAUGACGUGGCUCUUGUACAGCUGAGCGAGAAAGUGGAAUUCAGCAAAACUGCCAGGCCUAUCUGCAUCCCGUGUACGGAGCCAGCCAACCGCGCCAUGAAACAGCCCAGCACCGCUAACUGCAACGAACACCGGGAACGUUUGUUGUCUUCCAGUGACAUACCGGCCGGAUUUAUCCGCAAGACAAAUAACCCAAAUUUGCUGAAAGAAGGAAGAGUCAAAAUAAAACACAACAAAGUGAGGGACGGCUGUAUAUCAACCAUUAAACAAUGGGAAAAAUUUAAAAACAUCACCAACCUCCAGGACAUGGUGUCACCGCGACAAUUCUGUGUAGAGGGAGAAAUGUCCUGUAAAGGAGAAUCGGGUGGAUCUCUCUUCGUUGAUUUGAGGAAGAGGAGAAGAUUCUUCCAGGUGGGAGUUCUGAGCUUUGGAAUCUUUAACCCCUGUGAAAAAAGGGGUCCGCGCAGGACGUCUCCCAAUGCUCGGGAUUUCUAUGUGAAUGUCAUGGAGGUCUUGCCAUUCCUUCGGGAACACCUAAGUGAAGAUAUGGAGUUCUUACCAGGAAUUCCGGAUUCAGGGGAGGUUGUCUGCCCGGCCUGAUCAGAGCUUGGACUGAAGAACGCGGUCCUUGGAACUCCGCCACCUUGUGUUAACCACUGAUCCACAUAUAUCCAGCAUUUUACAUUGAAUGGACAGACAUGCACUAUAAUCAAUGUUUUGUAAAGCUUUUUAUCAUAUCCUUAAAAAAAAAAAAUGCUUAUAAGUUGACUUAGAAGAGGAACCUAGAUCCAGCUUCCUCCCUUACCUGUUAUGCUUCUUCUUUAUCUAAAAAAAAAAACAUAUUCGCUUUA